GUAGUCGAAUGUCUGGCAGCUGAGGGGCGCGGUUUUCGCUACGGUGGCCGGCGAGUAUCACGUGACUGUCGGCGCGGGCGGAGACUCCCCGCCCGAGAGAGAAUGGCGGUGCUGAAGGAAGCGGGCGGCUGAAGAGCGGCGAGGCCCGGAGGGGGUGGGGAGAGGAAGCCACUCGACCAGUGGUCGAAGAGCCAAACGGGGUCGGGGGCGGAGAAUGUGGAAGAGCCGGCGCCGAUCUCCCUGAGAUCCGGGCGGGUGAGGAUCCGUCAGCCUGCUGACGGGCGGGCAGGCCCCGAGGCCUUUGUCUUUCAGCCGCCCCUCUGAAACGGAACAGUCGCCAGAUAAAUCCUCGCUCGCCCCAGCGUUAAUUCCUCCUCGCCCUCUCCGUUUUCUGCCCGGCUACCGUUCGGUUAAAGGGGAGGGCAACCGUGCUUCCAGUCUGCCGACGUUUAAUCAUUUAAAGGGGAGUGGUCGGUUAAAGGUACCGCUGCCGACUUUGCCGACUUUUAAUCUCUAGAGGAAGGGUGUGCUGUGCUGUUCUGCCGAGUUUUAAUCAAUUGAAAGGCCUCCAGGGUUGCCCUCAUUUAGAGGGGAGGUUGGCUCCAAUCCAUUGGCCUUUGGUUGGAUAAAGGGGGGUGCUGGAGGAGGCAGUAGGAAGUCAUGAGGGAGUACAAGGUAGUGGUGUUGGGCAGUGGGGGAGUGGGCAAAUCAGCUCUGACGGUGCAAUUUGUGACGGGCACUUUCAUUGAAAAGUAUGACCCAACGAUUGAGGACUUCUACCGCAAGGAGAUCGAGGUGGACUCAUCGCCCUCAGUGCUGGAGAUCCUGGACACGGCGGGUACUGAACAGUUUGCCUCCAUGAGGGACCUGUACAUCAAGAACGGCCAGGGCUUUAUCCUGGUCUACAGCCUGGUCAACCAGCAGUCGUUCCAGGACAUCAGGCCCAUGCGGGACCAGAUCAUCCGCGUCAAGCGCUACGAGAAGGUACCAGUCAUCCUAGUGGGCAACAAGGUGGACUUGGAGAGCGAGAGGGAGGUGUCCUCGCUCGAGGGUCGAGCCCUGGCUGAGGAGUGGGGCUGCCCUUUCAUGGAGACCUCAGCCAAGAGCAAGACCAUGGUGGAUGAGCUGUUUGCUGAAAUCGUAAGGCAGAUGAAUUAUGCAGCUCAGCCUGACAAGGACGAUCAGUGCUGUUCUUCCUGUGUACUACAGUAAAAGAUAACAACAGAAAUGUUGAGACCAGAUGGAAUCAGCCCUGAUGGGGAGAACUGCACCUUCUCCUAUCCUAGGAGACAACUCGAUUAUUUCAUAUUGCUGUUACAAGAAGAUGAUGAUACCGGCAGAGCUUCAUGACUAAAAUGAGAUUAAUCGCCAAUUGCUGUUCUUACUGUGUCCUGCAGCAAAGGGAGUCAAGCAAGUGUCAUUGGCUGACAGACACUGAAACACUUUUACGUGGGAGACCUACACCACCUCAGCCGGACAUCCCUGUUGUGGACGAGAGGAUAUCAUCAAGAGCUUUUUAAAUGAGCAGUGCCGCUCCUCCAGUCUCAUUCUGUUGAAAAGUAAAAACAAGAGUAAUGUUGUUUUUGAAACAAUCUCAAUUGGAUAUGAUAUAUGUGAAUGCGUCAGUUCUGACAUCAUCAGCCUGGGAGAACUAGACUGUUUCAUCCCAUUAUGGAAAAAAAAGCAAAUAAGAGAUAUUCAGAAAUUUAAGACUGAAGAUGAUGGCCAGUGUUUCAAUUGUGUAUGUGCACUGCUUUUAUAAGAUUGCUUUUUUUUUAAAAAGAAAAAAAUACACAAAUAAUUUGAUAACAAGGUUGAACUCCACGCUUGACAGGCCUGGCUGCCCUCUUCUAAUGUGAUGCCAAUGAGGAAUUGAAAUCUGUAUUUUAAAGAGGGACGUAAGUCGGCUGAAGAAUCUUCUACAAAACCAAAAUGGGAGAGCAGAGACUUGUCAAGUUCUUGUCUUCUGCUGUGAAAGGGAAAGCGACCUAUGCGUCCUACGCGUGCUGCCUGGUGCACGUGGAAGAAGUAACAGGCUGCGCACUGCUGCUGUUUACCAACGUAAAGGAGACAUCAGUGAACCUUUAAACUCUAGAGCCACGAGAACAGUGACGUCACGGGCUUUUCUUCAGGGUCCCAUCAGUGAGCACAAAUCCUUCCUCGGUACAUUAUGUUGGACGUUAACAAUCCGUUCUGUAAUUUCACAUGUCAUGCAGGAGAAAUGAUGGACAUUAAGUUGCUCUGUUAAAGCCAGAGGAAAGGGGAAACAAAUCGACUGUUGAUCCACCAAAAUGGUUGUGUCAAACAAGAAGAAUGCUUUUAAUUCAGUUUUAUUUAAUUUUGUGGGUGGCAUGUUAACUGCUCUGCAUUGUGUUGGUGCAAGCCCUUAGUGGUGGUCUUGUGUGGCUCUGCAGGGAGCUGAGGGGGGUGGUGGGGAAGCAAAGGUUUUCUCUAAUUUCUGUCUUGCACAGAAGAUUUAAUUUGUCAAAGUAUGAUCAAUGCUAUCCAACACAUUAGUGAUGCAGGAAAAAAUGUAAUUGGCUUUGUACAGCUUCCAGACUUGGUAAACUACCUGCUUUUUCAAAUGGCUUUUUUUUUAAAUGUUUACCUCCAAAUGCAUUUUUGAAUGGCAAUUUCCAUUCCUUGCAACUUUUUUGUGUGGGGUGGGGUGGAAGGGGAGAGAGAAAGGAAUGGAAAACUUUUCUGUGUGGAAUGUCAGUGGCCAGAUCAGAAAGAUGUACAAGUGGGAAGCUAGUCAAUUGCUUGCUAUGCCAAGAAAUAAAAUGUUGUUAUUUGUCCAAGACAAGGAAAUUAGAAUCCUCCUGUGACCAAAGGUUUUCCACUGCCCUGUAGAUGACAGUUCUUGGGUAAAUGAAUUAAAGGGGCCAGUUCAGUGACAUUUGUUUCCCAGGUGUGUAUAGUGGGACUUGGUCCUGUUCUGAAUGGGUGCCUGUAAGUGGUGGCUCUCCACUAAGAAAAGGGGUUGGAAAUGUCCUUGCACAGUCUUUACUCUGACAGAUGUGGGCAACGAAGACGGGGUGGGGAGGGAUGGGAAGGCACCUCUAGGGUUGGCUGGAACCCUCAGUUAGGUUUUGAGACUGUGCAGAGUAGAAGGGGCUGUUGUUCCCCCAUACCCACACAUGACUUCCGGCUGCUAGCAGGCAUGUUUUAAGUGGGUACAGUGGUAUGUGGAGCUGAAGGGGAAUGUGUGCCCUGAGAUCACAUGUACCAUGUUGGCAAUUUCUCAAAUUCCACAACUUUCAAGUUGAAAUUUUUAAAAAUGUACUUUACAUCGGAACUACAGUCAAUCUAGACAAAUGUGAUUCAGAUUCUUGUAUUGCACGUUGAGGAAAAAUGGUAUUGCAUUUGCUGCUUGAUUCUGUAGGAAUGGAAGCCUUUUGAAAUGAUCAAAUUUUACGAUUAUUCCCCUCAAUUUCCUUCUUUUCUGAUACAGAAAUGGCAGAAAUAUAUUUUCUUUUAUGAAUGGUGCUCAGUACUUUAAGUAUUAUGGGAUUUUUAUUUUUUAUUGUUGAACCAAGAAUAUAAUGUAUGCAUGGCUGAAUACCAGAUCAUUGCUGAAGUCUUACAUUGAAGCAUUCUGUAGUUGUUAAAAUUGAGUGCAGUAGUGAAGUGUUUUGGUCACUGCUGUCUUAUUUUGCUUUUAAAUAUGACAGUUGUGUUACAGGAGCAUUUUAUAUUUUAUCUUUUAAAAUGGCAUUGCAUAGAACCGACAAUUGGAAUUAUGAAGUUUUUUUUCAAGUCUAUCCCUAUAAAGAGAAUAGUAACAGGAAUGUCGUUAAAAGUUCUAACCCUUGAUCAAACAAACCUUGUGUGGAGAUAUGAUGCACCCCGUAUUCAGCUUUUGCCACAGGAUUUCCCAGGGAGUGCUUUACUGGGGUCUGAGUGAAAAUCUGAACAGUUUUGUGUGCACCCAAUACAAGUAAAGCAGCUAGAUUCACGGCGAUCUUUUUUUGAGGAUUUCCUGUUCUAGGGAGCUGCUUUGACCCUUCCUGUGGAUGACUUCCUGCAUCUUCAACAAUCUGUGGUGGAUUCUGUGACUUCAUCUGUUGGAGAAAUAUUUUAAACGCAAGCGCAGAUUUAUUGGGUGAAAGGACAUCUCUGCAGAUCAUUUCUGGUCGAAUAAACGAAAAUGCAGUAAAUGGGGAUCCACUCUGUAUGACGUUUCUGUAAAGGAUGAUGGAAGCCUUAGCCUCGUGCGGACAUUUUUAAGCAUUCAGAAAUAUAUUUGGUUAUCCGUAUAUCUCAGCUUCAGUUUACAUUUUUUUUUAAACGGUGUCUUGCAUUGUUUUUAUUAUUUACCUGAAUUUUAAUGUGUAUUUACAGCAAUGUUUCAUUUGAUUUUUUUAUUAUUUCCCACCCCUUAAAAACAUCUGUGUGGGCAACAUUCUUUGCAAUGUACAUAAUCUAGUUGGGACUGGCAUGAUAUCAAUUUUAAAUUGGUUUUGCUUUUAAAUUUCCAGAAUACAAGUUCAGCCAUCACUUAAAAUGACAUUUUGAAGAAGGUAGCCUGCGCAUAAGGACAGAAGACCUACGGAUGCACAUUGCUAUUGUAAACGCAGACAUUUCUUUUCUGUCUGAUGCUUCCUGGAAUUAGAUGAGAUCAUUUGUUCAGAAAAUGAUGGUUAUCGUUCUAAGGAAGUAACUUUAAUGGGAGUUGUGAAGGGAAGGGAGUGAUUGUGGGGGUUUAUGUCUAAUCUGCACAAUUGCCACCAGCCUCUCUCAUAAUGAUGCUAAUAUCAUUUUUAGCAUGUUUACUUUUGACAUUCCACCACUGGGUCUCGUACUGCAGAACUCCUUAAUAAUUGGUGCGUUCAUUGUAAAAUUAGCUAGUUUUAAAAACAAUCUCUCUCUAAGAUAGAUGAUGGUAUAGUAAACAAGCAUCCUCACAUUUCUUUGAUGCUCUGUGGCUGGUCUUCCUGACCACAUCACACCCCUUUCAAAUGUGAUGAGAUGCUGUUGUGCUCUGAUCUGAUUGUAAGCUAUUAAAAGUUGGAAACAUUGAGCACUUAACACAAAACGUUGCAAGCCAUUGGAUGUCAGCAUUAAUUUUAAAAUCUGGAGGAUCAGUAGUUUAAGGUCAAAUGUAAUUGCCACACAAAUUUAAAUCUUGGUGCAAUUGGCAUUUAUUUUCUUCAGGCUUUUUUGGAAGAGCUUACUGAUUGCUUUCUUAAUAAUUUGUUCAAGUGAGGGCAGAAACACAUUACCUGGUGCCUGAUCAGAUGUUCCCAGUGCCAUGAAAUGUUCACUAGAAUAUAAAUCCCAUUGGUGUGGUUAAGUCCUAGUUAUCCUCACAGCUUUCCACCAGAAUCUGAACUGAAUCAAAUUCCAUAUUACUCUUGCAUAGCCCAGUUUUGAACAAUUUCUGUAUUACAAUCUGAAUUAAAACAACAACUGGGCAAAACUAAAAACUGAAAUUCUCUCUCCCUCCCACAAAUGAAAUUUACCUAAAUUUGUCAUAGUACCAAAAUAACACCUUCAAACCAGAAUUAUGAAUUAUUUCCAGCAACACACAAAAUGCUGGAGGAACUCAGCAGCCCAGGCAGCAUCUAUCGAAAAGAGUAAGCCAUCAACAUUUUGAGCUGAGGCCCUUCAUCAAUUCUGAUGAAAGGUCUCAGUCCGAAAUGUCGACUGUUUGCUCUUUUCCAUUGAAUUUACCUGAUCUGCCGAGUUCCAACAGCAUUUUGUGUGUGGCUCAGAUUUCUAGCAUCUACAGAUUUUCUCGUGUUCAUGAAUUAUUUUGAAUAUUUUCUAAAUUUAUAUAUCUGCCUUUUUCAUACUUGGUGGAAGUAAUCAAUUCCUGUUGCAUGCAUGCUAUCUGUUUCUAGGAAAGGCUUGAAAUCUUGGUGUUAGACCACUGUUUAGUAUAAGGUCACGAAGGUUCCCAACAACAGGUUGAGCAGGACCCAUUUAAAAUGCUGAUUGUUCUGUUUGUUUUGCUGUGGAGUAACAAGAACAGUCCAAAUAUCUUCUGAGUGAGAAAGCUGUUGCAUACAGUUUGUAUACACAGGUUAGAACAGUAUUUAGUUAUGUGACGUGUGUGCUUAAGUUAUGUCAUUGAUAAUGUAAUGUUUAUGGUGACUGGAUAAAAGGAGCUAUUCAUCAGUGUUUUUAUUCCAUUUUUUGUCUUUUUUAUUUAUUUUAUGAAGUAGGAGUAUUUUAAAACCUCAGUGUUUUCGUAGAACCUACUAGCUGUAUUGAAACAGUCACCUAGUGAACAAACACAAAGGGAAAAGCCAGAUAUGUCAAAGCCUCAAACUUGGAUUUGUUUGUGUCCUGUGUACAGAUGUAGAUGCUAAAGAGAAUGUUGGAACAAAUAUGAGUAGACUGCAGUUUGCUGACUGAACUGUUCGCAUUCCCAUUGAUACUGUUAAGUUUAAGAAGCAUUCCAUUUACCAAAUCCCUGACCACCUGGUUUUCAAAUGUGUGGAGAAGGUUGGUUUGUUUGUUAAGAAAUUUGGAUUGGGUUAGUUUAAGGAAAAUGUUAAAAAGAGGAGGACUUUGUGUUUUUUUUAUGAAGCCUGUGUGGGAAACUACAACAGUUGAGAUCUAAUCAGAUAUAUUUAAUAUUUUAUUACCAUUGUGCAUCUACCAAUUCACUUUUGCUAUAAUUUAAGAUUAAUUUAUGGAACUUUAGGCAUUGGUUUUACAGAGAAACGGUGGCAUGUGCACCUGAAUCACCCUCAAAAGAAAGACUUAAAGUGUCUUCUGUCAACCAUUUCUUGGUUCAUUACUUUGGUGCUUUGUACAAAAUAUACCUCUCACACAAGUGCUUCCCUCCAUUCCUCUGAUUAUUCCAGUGGACUUCAGUCAAAUGUGUUUUCUUUAAAUUGGUGUUCACAGCUGUGCAUAAAAACAGACAAAAUAACAGCAACAGCAGACCAUGUGGUCUUUAAGCCUCUCAGUUUUUAGUAAACUUUGUCUUCACUGGUACUGGGGCAGCACAUCUUGCCUGUAUUAAAUAAACCAUCCUUUCCUGUACAUAUCUUCUGUUUAAUACUCCCAGUUUCUAGGCACAAACCUCUUUGCUGCACCAGAUUCAUAUCCAUUAUUCUCAUCCAUCUUCCAUAAACUUAAGUUCAGGCCUGUCUUCUAAUCUCUAGCCCCACAUCCAUCAUUCUUCCCAAUUUCCAGAAAUCACUCUUGGAUUUGAAUAUUGUUAAUGACAGGCCAUCUACAGCUCUAAGAUAAAGCGUUCUGGAUGUUCACAUUGGAGUGAAGAAAAUAUUCAUGUAAGGAUCAACUAGGUAACUCCUUCUUGAUCUUGAGAUUGUAUUCGAAAGUGGAGUCACUUUUGUUUCUGUUAUGCUCCCACUGCAAUCAGAUAAUAUUACCAUCUGCACUUUGAGAACUCCAGUCUUAAAAGUUUUAUGGCAAUUGCCCAUUGCUCUAAACUCCUGGAUACAUAGACCCACCCGGGAAUUGAUCCAGUGAGCCACUGCAUCGCUGCAGGGAGACUAAAACUGUACUCAUCUCUCUGUGCUUUCACCAAGACCCUGUGUAGUUCUGACACAACUCCCUGCCUCCAGUGGCCCAUUGCAAUUUGUGCAUCAGAGUCCAUGUCAGCCGCUUUCUUUGUUAAUUCAGGGUGACCUGUUGAGCUUCAUUGCACUUGCAAUAGUGCUUUGUGUUUUUUCUUUAUAUCCACCUCUGAUGCUGCAGCAUUUUCUCAGAAAUACAAUGAAGUGUUGGCCAAGUAUUUGUGUCCAAAAUGGCACCCAAAACAGCAGGAAGAUCCAUCAAGUUGUGACUCCCAAAUAAAAGCAGGUGUUACUGAUGCUUAACACAGUUCAUAGUUUUAGUCAAGAUGCUUGUAAUCUUGUAAAGAAGAGUUUUAUUGCUGAUGCUUUUCUUUGUACUGGGUGUGAAAACAUGUUAAAAUCCUUGAGCCUCCAACAUAAACUGGCUGGAAUAAAAUCUGGUUAUUCACAGCAAAAAGAUGUAUCUCAAUGUGAAUUGGAAAUGUCUAGGCACAGAACAGAAAUGGACAUGAUGAUGCUUAAUGCAUUUGGCAUGCAACGUAUCCCCCCACAUAUAUUUUUGACACAGGCCUCAUUUUGUGUAUGUGGGAAAAUGAUGUGAGAUAAUUGUAACAUUCCUAAGUUGUUUGAAAGAAAACCCUUGCUUCUCGCAAACAUGAUUCUUAAAAGUAUCUGUGAGUAAUAAAGUAUAUUUAAUUUAACUAAAGGAGUCCAUGGCCACUUUGUGCUGUGAGAGAAGAAAUAUAGCCUUGUGAAUUGGCUGGGUAGUGUGCAAUUUAUAUAAGUCUGUACUGGGAGCAAAGUAUAACCAAACCACUACAUUAGCAUUCUGGCCUAAUAAAAACCUUUCUGAAGGAAAUGAGCCCUAUUCUAGUUGAGUAGACUAAUGUAGAAAUCUGUUCUAUUUUCAUCCAAACUUUUCUUACUCAUUCUCUGUUUUCUAAGAAGUUUGAUGCUUUGACACAUGUCCAGCAGUGUUUGAUUUAGAAUGUUAGUGAAAAGAUUUGACAAUCUUUAAAGUUGGAGAAUGUCUGCUGUUUUCUGCAAUACAGGGUGGUUGCAAUAAUAUCACCACUUCCCAAACACCACACACACUCAGGUAGUAUUGCUAUUCUUGAGAAGGUUAUUCUGCCGCUGAAUGGUUCUAGUACCUAUUUUUAAGAGAGGCAAGGAGUUCAACCCACUUCGUAGAUAUUUGUUAUCAGUUAGUUGCUAUCCAUGUAAAAACCAUUUCAUCUUCACAUCAGGGUUUUUGGGAGUGAGUUAUGACAUUUUAAUUUUGUAAACUGAACCCUGUAAUCUGGAGUGACGACUAGUAAAUGCAAGAAGACCCCAUCAAAAGCAGUGGAAUAAGGUCUGUGUUAAGUUCUAAGGAUGCCCGUAGUUUAGCUUCACCUCAGGAACGAAUACUGAUGCAUUUUCGAACAAAAUUAUAGCUGACGGAAUCAUGCAAAUGAGCAAUUAAAUUCUGAACAACUAAAACUUCGAUGCCAGAUACAUUUAUUAGUCUCUUCUUCAGGAGACUGUGAUCAGGGAUAUUCAUCCAACAUUCUGAUUUGCCAUGUGUAUUCCUGUUGAAAACUUAAAGCAACUGAUUCCAUUGAGGUUUGUGUGUUGGCUCACACAUUGCAUUUGUUUCUAACCUUUCAAAGUGAGCACUGCUGGGAGUGGGUUGGGGCGUGGAAGUAGCCAAUUAACUACCCAAAUAGCUGCCAUAGCUUUUUGGGAAAGAUUGAUCCAGUUAUUUACCUUGGUAAAGAAUGUUGCCUUAACAGGACACAUUGGCUUGGGUUCUGGUAUUAACUAUAAUGUAUCAGAAAAUUGUUUACUUUCCUGUUAAAACCAAAACCAAACCACCAUUUGAUAUUUUUUUAAAAAUCUAUUUUGUAUUAUUUUGGCUUUAAUGGUUUCUGAUGCUUUUUUUUCUAGAAUUUUGUUCAGUUAACUCUUGAGUUUUAACAUAUAUUUUUGGCGCUUUGCUGAAGUGAAGUAAGACAUAACCUUUUUGGCAGUUCACUGUUGAGCACUAACACAGCUGAAUACUUAAUGGCACCAUUUUUACCAGGUGUUGACUGUGCUGUAGCCUUGUUUCUGAAUUAAGCAAGAAGUGUAAAUAUAAUUUGAUGCAAACAUGUCAACUGUAUUUGGAUUUAAAUUAUUUUAACAAAAUUAAAUUUAUUUAAUGAAAUCUAA